GAAAGAAAAGCACACAAAAGAAAAGCUGCUCCAACAUAACACAAGGAGAGAGAGAGAGAGAGAAAAGCUGAUCAAAACAACAACAAAUACAAGAAGCAGCUAUGGAAGAGCUAGUGUUGUACUUGUUGAAGCUAAUGAUGAUCACUUUCAUGGUGAUGGUGUUUGUGUUGAAAGUUGUGGUGGUGCUAUGGUGGAGACCAAGAAAGAUUGAACACCAUUUCUCAAAGCAAGGCAUAAGAGGACCUCCCUAUCGCUUCUUCAUUGGCAAUGCUAAGGAACUUUGCACUCUCAUGUUGAAGGCCUCUUCUCAUCCCAUGCCUUUCUCUCACAACAUCCUCCCUAGAGUCCUCUCCUUCUAUCACCACUGGAAAAAAAUCUAUGGUGCUACAUUUAUAGUGUGGUUCGGGCCCACAGUCCGGCUCACUGUCGCGGAUCCUGACCUCAUUCGAGAAGUCUUCACCUCCAAGUCUGAAUUAUAUGAGAAGAAUGAGGCUCAUCCACUUAUCAAACAGCUUGAAGGUGAUGGACUCCUUAGCCUCAAGGGUGAAAAAUGGGCUCACCAUAGAAAAAUCAUCACUCCCACCUUCCACAUGGAAAAUCUCAAACUGUUGAUACCAGUGGCUGCAAAGAGUGUGAUUGAAAUGUUGGAGAAAUGGAUGGCAAAGUCGGGUGCGGGUGAGGUGGAAAUUGAAGUGUCCGAAUGGUUCCAAACAUUGACAGAAGAUAUAAUAACUCGAACAGCAUUUGGUAGUAGCCAUGAAGAUGGAAAAGCCAUUUUUAGACUACAAGCUGAACAAAUGGCCCUUGCAUCUGAGGCAUUUCAGAAAGUUUUCAUUCCUGGUUAUAGAUUCCUUCCCACAAAAAGGAACAUGAAGUCUUGGAAAUUGGAGAAGGAAAUCAAGAAAUCUCUGGUGAAUCUAAUUGACAAAAGGAGAGAGAAUUCAAGCAAUGAAACGCAAGAAAAUGGUCCUAAAGAUUUGUUAGGGCUCAUGAUCCAAGCAAGCACAAAGGAAUUGCCAAACAAGAGAGGGGAAUUGAAUUCCUCUCCAUCAUCAAAAAUCACAGUCCGUGACAUUGCAGAGGAAUGUAAGAGCUUUUUCUUUGCGGGAGAGCAAACGACGUCGAAUUUGUUGACGUGGACGACAGUUUUGCUAGCUAUGCACCCUCAAUGGCAAGUACAGGCACGUGAGGAGGUGAUCAAAGUGUGUGGAUCACAUGACAUACCCUCCAAAGAUGACAUUGUGAAGCUUAAGAUGCUGAGCAUGAUUCUCAAUGAAGCCCUACGACUAUACCCACCAAUCGUGGCAACAAUCAGACGGACAAAAACUGAUGUGGAGCUUGGGGGAUGCAAGAUCCCCAGUGGGACCGAGCUGUUGAUACCAAUCAUAGCCGUUCAUCAUGAUCAAGCCAUAUGGGGCAACGAUGUCAAUGAAUUCAACCCCGCUCGAUUCGCCGGUGGGGUGGCCCGUGCCGCCAAGCAUCCUGUGGCAUUCAUUCCAUUUGGGCUUGGAUUCCGUACUUGCAUCGGCCAAAACCUUGCUAUCCUACAAGCCAAGCUAACCCUAACCAUCAUACUGCAACGCUUCUCCUUCACAUUGUCCCCGCAUUAUCAGCAUGCACCAACGGUCUUGAUGCUCCUUUACCCACAACACGGUGCACCAAUUGUCUUUCGACGCCUUGAUUGAUCCUGAUCAACGGCCCUGAUCAAUAUCAUCCCUAGACGUACCUAUCCUCUGUGUGUGAGUGCAUAUAUAUUAAUAUCUUUUUUUUUGUUUGCAUUGAUGUGGCCAAAAUAUCCAUUGUUGCAUUGGUAAUUUAUAGGAACUAGGAUAUUUUUAUAUAUAUUUUUUGUUAUAAUUAAGUUCCCACUUAGUUAUAUAUAUGCUAACCCCCAUGUGGCCUUGCCCAACUGUUUUGCCAAAAAUGUUUGGCAUGUAACCUUAUGCUAAUUUUAGGAUUUAGUUAGUGGCCAAUUGUUUUUCUCUCUCAUAUCAUGUGCAUGUAAUGUAUAUUUUCACAAUUAUCUCACACAGUUUUGUAAUAUUAUAUGUUCAAGAAUGUCAAAUGGU